AUGUCAGCGCCACCAUUCUAUCAGUCACCGCAGUAUCCACCACAGCAGAAUUAUAGUGGACAUGGCUAUAGUUAUCCACCACAACCGCAGCAAUCGUAUUAUCCGAAUCAACCACAGCCAUCCCUUGGUUAUGGUUAUGGUCAGCAACCAACGAUUAUACAAACAACUGCACCACCUCGAAGUUCAGGCUACGACUCGAGUAAAUGCUGUUUAUGGGCAUUGCUAGCUUGUUGUUGUGGUUGCUGUUUGGCAGAAUGCUGUGACUAA